UAAUCUAUCGACCAGCCACCACAACCUUUUUGUCGAUAUCUCUGCAGUUCUAUUUGCAAAUUUUGAAGAACAACGAAAUAAGAUAUCUAAAUACAAGCAUAUUGACACAUAUUGACGCUGCAAGGCGUAUCCUCGUUUCCCCCGCCCAUCAGCAUCCGUUUUUGUUGUUGUUGUUGUUCUUCCUGUCUGAUUGACGCAUCUGUCGCAAAAAUUAUACGAAGUUUGCGUCGAGUCCACGGGUAAAGAUGGCCAGCGAGCCAGAAAACAAACCGCCCAUACUGCACAUUUUGGUUGUUGGCUUCCAUCACAAGCUCGGCUGUCAGGUGGAGUUCUCGCAUCCGCCGCUUGUCGCCGGCUCAAGUGGCCGCAACGAAUGUCCCUCCGGCUGGAAAUACUUACCCACGCUGGCCCUGCCAGAUGGCUCGCACAAUUUCAUGGAGGACACCGUGUUCUUCAAUCUGCCCAGCCUAUUUGAGCCAGCCGCCAGCAUUUACGGUGUAUCGUGCUACCGUCAAAUUCCCGUAGAGAAACUCAAGAUACGCACCGCAGACGUGACCCGCAGCACCGUACAAAAGUCAGUGUGCAUACUGGCACGUCUGCCCAUCUAUGGCUACAUUGAGGUCAAACUGGCGCUCAUCGCAGACGCCUUCUUCGACCAGGGUGAUUUUAGCUGCACUGAGCUUCUGGUCAAGGCAUAUCAACAGCUGAAUGCCUGCCUGCUGGACGAGGAGACGCAGCGUCCGCUGCGCCACUUCCAUGUGGGCCUCUCGCUGCGCGAGAUUGUGCUGCACUGGCGCCACAAGAGCCUGAUGCUCUUCAAGCUCUUGCUGUUGCAGAGGCGUGUCGUCUGCUUCGGUUCGCCCGUGCGCGGCAUGUGUGUACUCAUACUGGGCAUGGCCUCGCUGAUACCACGCUUGCUGGAGAAGGGAUUCCAGGAGGUGGCCUGUGUGCGCACUUCGCGCCCACUCUCGCCCAUGCCCGACUUUACCGACUCGCUCCAGCGUGAGGCUGAAGCCGUUGCCGAAGCUGAGAUUGAAGCUGAUGUCGUCGCAGAAGCCGAAGAUCUAACGGUGGUCUCGUCGGCAGCCUCGGCUGGCUCUCAGUGCUGCAAUAGCAGCGGCAACACCUCGCCGCACACAACUCCCAACUCACAGUCCCACGACUCCAGCUGCCCGACCACAACACCGACGCACAACGAGCUGCAGCGCGUCGACUCGACGGAGAGCGGCACCAGCGCAGGCGGAGCCAGUAAACGGAGUGGACGCAGCAGCUCAUUGACUCGCGAGGCAAGCGUUGACACAUUGGCCUCUAAUCUUGCCGCGCUGUGCGCCAUAAAUCCUGACGAAUAUCGUGCACCUGUCAGCAUCUUUGCCAGCGGCAACCUCUGCCUGCCCUACUUGUCGCUACCGUACAUGGACCUGCUCAGCGAUCCCAUGGUGCUCUCCUAUAUUAUUGGCACCUCCAAUGUGCUGUUUCAGCAGAAGCGCCAGCUGGCCGAUGUGCUCGUCGACAUCGAAGCCGCUAAUUUGGAUGUCCAUGAUCCGGAGCUGCGGCGGCAGCUGGUGCUCAGCACAGAGGACCUGCGCUUCAUGGACUACAUACUGAAGCAUGUACAAACGCCCAAAGAGGAUGCCGAAGGCAGCGAGUAUUGGAUACGUGAACAGUUCCAGGGCUACAUACUGGCACUGCUACGCGCCACGGUGGCACCUGAUAUCAAGGACAAUGACCACUUUAAUCCGCACUUCAUGAGCGCCUUCAAGCGCACACAAUGCUACCAAGAGUGGUACGAUGUGCGACCCGAUCCCGAAUUUUUCGAAGCGCUGCCCGCUGGCCAUCCAUUUUCGGGCACGCUAUCCGUGGCGGACAUGAAGCUGAAGCUGGCGCAAACCAUGCAGAAUAGCGAAAGUGGACGUAAGAUUAAUCAGGCUGUUAACAACACGAGCCGAGCUGUGGGCGGUGCCAUCUCGCAGGCCAAGGGGGCCCUCUCCAGCUGGUGGUCCUCCAUUACGACUGCGCCGGCUAAUAGCACGGGCGGCAUAGCCUCCGGCUCUGGCGCUGGCAGCGACAGCAAUCAAAAUCACAGUCUCAGUAUGGAAGACAGCAUCGAUGGCGCCGCUGGACCGUCGCAACAGCCGCAGGAGAUCUCAGUUACAUUCCAAAACCACAAGGACGAGGCGGAGCUAGACGUGGCUGGCGUGAGCAUACACAUGGCCAGCCAGCUAAGCGAGGAUAGUCUGGAGGAGGCACAGGAAUCGCCGCAAAAGUCCCAGGGCAUUGUCGAAAUUGGCAGAGAGGCCGAACUGCUGGACAAGGUCAGCCAAGGGGAGCCAGCGACGACAGCAAUGCCUGCCCAGGCGCAAACUCAAUCUCAAUCACUGCGAUCUGGGUGUGGCAGUGACCUAGCUCUCUCGAACAUAGCAUCAUCCACUGUCGACCACAAUAAUGGUGAUGUCUUUAUUGUUUGAGUUGAGCCAUCAUCGGCAUAAGCGACUCACACACACACCUCUGUAUAAAUUUACCUAAGCUAUACUUAUUUAUUACAAGAUGAUAUUGAUUCAGUGCGUUCUUUCCGAUUCCCAUUCCUCAAAUUGGCCAAAAAUUAUGUUAUAUUAUGUAUGUAUGUCUAUUCACAUGUAUGUAUGUAAGCCCCACCCUUACACCCACACACAAAAGACGACGACGAGCUCGUAUAUAUAUAUAUAUAUUAUAUAUAUAAAUGUAACACAGUACAAUGUAAAGCUAAACCUAAACCUAAACCGUACCAAGUGCAAUUUAAAACAAUGUAAUCCAAAUGAUGAAUAUGCAUGGCAAUAACUAGGCGAGAAUCCAAAGCAAGCGAAUGUAGCUCCUCACCUUAUCUCUAUCUCUAUCUCUUUCAUAUUCAUACACUUUGUAGAGUAUUUCGCAGUCGACAUUGCAAUCAGCACAACUAUAAAUAAAUGUACCUGCGUGUACUGUAAAUCAAAUGAUAGCCGUUGAGACAAGCCUCUUGACUUGAAAUUAAUCUAAACAAGAAUUUAAACAUUCAUCUAUCAAUAAUAAAUAUACUCGAUAUGUAAUUACUUCAUUUGUACGUUUUCUCAUGCGAAUUAAAAAGUUAUUGAAUUGAAUAAAUUAUGAAAAAUUCCUA